AUGGUGAAGGCUGGAUUUGCUGGAGACGAUGCUCCCCGUGCGGUGUUUCCCAGCAUCGUUGGCCGUCCUCGUCACCAGGGAGUUAUGGUUGGAAUGGGACAGAAGGAUGCCUAUGUGGGUGAUGAGGCGCAGUCCAAGCGAGGAAUUCUGACCCUGAAGUACCCUAUCGAGCACGGUAUCGUCACCAACUGGGAUGAUAUGGAGAAGAUUUGGCACCACACCUUCUACAACGAGCUUCGUGUGGCUCCUGAGGAGCACCCUGUGCUGCUUACCGAGGCCCCUCUGAACCCCAAGGCUAAUCGCGAGAAGAUGACCCAGAUCAUGUUCGAGACAUUCAAUGUCCCUGCUAUGUACGUCGCCAUUCAGGCCGUGCUGUCACUCUACGCCUCCGGUCGUACCACCGGUAUUGUGCUCGACUCUGGUGAUGGUGUGUCCCACACUGUCCCUAUCUAUGAGGGUUAUGCUCUCCCUCACGCCAUCCUUCGUCUCGAUCUUGCUGGCCGUGAUCUCACGGAGUAUCUGGUUACCAUCCUGACGGAGAGGGGCUAUUCCUUCACCACCUCCGCAGAGAGAGAAAUUGUCCGUGACAUUAAGGAGAAGCUUGCCUACGUGGCCAUUGAUUUUGAGGCUGAAAUGUCCACUGCUCAAAACUCUUCUUCCCUCGAAAAGACCUACGAGCUUCCUGAUGGUCAGGUGAUUACUCUCGGCUCCGAGAGGUUUAGGUGCCCUGAGGUGCUGUUCAACCCGUCCCUGGUUGGUAAGGAAGCUUCUGGAAUCCAUGAGACAUGCUACAACUGCAUCAUGAAGUGCGAUGUCGACAUCCGAAAGGAUCUCUACGGCAACAUCGUGCUCUCUGGUGGUACCACCAUGUUCCCUGGCAUUGCUGACCGCAUGACGAAGGAAAUCACCGCGCUUGCUCCCAGCACCAUGAAGAUCAAGGUCGUCGCCCCUCCUGAGCGCAAGUACAGUGUCUGGAUCGGUGGCUCCAUUCUCGCCUCCCUGUCUACCUUCCAGCAGAUGUGGAUCGCCAAGAGCGAGUAUGACGAGUCUGGCCCCUCUAUCGUGCACAGGAAGUGCUUCUAA